AUGAGAAACUCGACGCUGAUCGCGAAAGCUCUCAAUCUGCUCGUCGUUUUCUGCGUUUUCUCGAACUGCUUGGCGGUGUCGUCGGAAGACUCCCUUUCCAUUCAGAGAACCAGCUCCUGCGAAGGACGCCGCUCAAAGAGAUGUAGAAGAGUUCAGACGCCAGAGGACAAACUCACUUCUUCCACCGAUGAAGCUCACAUCGUUAUAGACCGGCUGCUCGUGAAGAAAGAAAAAUGCAAGGCGCACUCUGUCAAGUUCGAAGUCUUCGCCGACGGCUGCAAAUCGCGCACAAUCACAAACAAAUAUUGCUACGGGCAGUGCAACUCCUUCUUCAUUCCGUCUUCUUCCGAGAUCCAGCCGUUCGCCUCCUGCUCUUACUGCAAACCACAUAAGACGACUUUUAAAUAUGUGACUCUCCACUGCAAAGACGAUAAUAGACGACGAAAGAAGAUACGGAAAAAGGUCGAAAUUGUACAGAAAUGCAAAUGCUUAGACGUUGAUCUUACUUCAAUCCUGCCGACACAGACUUGA